AUGAGCAGCGCAGGAGACGUCGCGGUGCCCGGCCAGCGCCUUGCGGCGGCGGACGGCAAGCUCAAGGCCGGCAGCGGCGCCUACGUCCGUGACGGGGCCAUCUACGCGUCGAUCUGCGGCAAGUGGCGCAUCUCGCAGGACGUCGUGGAAGUCUCGCGCGCCGGCAAGACGGUGGCGUCGGCGCAGGUGCUGAGACUCGGCGACGUUGUCAUCUGCCGCGUGGCCAAGAUCAUGUCGCGGCAGGUGAUGGUGGACAUCCUGUGCGUGGGUGAGACCGUGCUGAAGGAGGCCUUCCCGGGCACCAUCAGGCUGGAGGACGUGCGGAACCACGACAUCGACAAGCUCGUGAUGGAGGAGGUCUUCUCGCCUGGCAUGCUCGUCAAGGCGGCCGUGCUGUCAUUCGGCGACACUCGCUCCUACUUCCUGUCCACAGCGAAGCCCGGCUUGGGGGUCGUGCGUCCACCAACAAAGCAGGACAGCCAGACGACCGACAUGGAAACCGACUAG